AUGUCAGAGGUAGAGGAAAUCGAGGCCCGCCUGGCUAAGCAGCUGGAGGAAUAUCGGAGCAUCAUACAAGGCACAGACCUCUACGAGUAUAUGGGAAACCGCGUGGUGGAAUCCCGAACCACAAGCGGGAACUUGGUCGCUGUGAAAGUGAACCGGAAGGAAGACUACAGGCAAUCGGAAGCUGAAAUGAUGCAGUAUGCCCAUGAAAAAAGGAUCCUCACACCUCGGGUACGCGGUUGCUAUUACGUGAAGAGGGGUGUUAUAGCCACAGUGACUGACCGGGUGUCUGGCGAUUCGCUUGAUAAAUUCUGGCACACCUUAACCAAGUCUCAAAAGAAGAACAUUGAACUCCAACUCAAGCAUCAGGUACAAGAGAUGCGGAAACACACCCAGCCGUAUAUUGGCCGUAUCGGCAAUGUCACGACAUAUAAUUUCUUCGACCGCUUGCACAAUAAUGACAUGGGCCCCUUUGCCUCAGAAGAGGAAUUUGAUGAGUGGUGCUUUUCCAGAGAUAAGUUUCCUUACCAACAGGCAUUCUGGAAGCGAUACUUGCCUAAGAUGAGGAAGAAGAGCCCUUCAAAGUUCGUUUUGACACAUGGUGAUCUGUCUGCGCGGAACAUUAUGGUUCAAGAUGGCCAGCUCACCGGCAUCGUCGAUUGGGGGUACAGUGGAUUUUUCCCUGAAUACAUGGAGUAUGCCUUGGCAACGGUCAUUCAUGAAUCUAUAGAGGAUUGGUGGCUUCCCGUGCUGAAAAGGGUGCUGGAGCCCUCUGGGUACCUCCGGGCCAAAUUUAUCGCUACCAUCAAGGAUCGAGGGUGGUAG